AUGCGUCCUUCAACACUGUACAAAGGAUACCAAGCACAACUUGCUGCUCAUGAAACUGCACGCCAGUGCAUGCUGGCUAUCACGUGGGAAAUUGAAGAAGCUGAGCACUUCAUCGCAUUCCUCAAUGCCAUGCACGCCAAUAACAAAGACCGGCUCAAAUUUACGGACACUCAGUUACAUAGCUAUAGGAGCCUUUUUCCUGAGCGUGACUGCAUAGAGGUCGACAAUGAUCGAGACUACCUUCAAGCAGUCUAUGAAGACAAAUGCGAAAUUCUCAAGGUCAUCUCAUAUCAAGCUGAGCAUGUGGCAAAGGUUUUAGGCUCGCAUGUCAGCAAUGCUUUCCAAUCUGGAGUUGGAGCAUCCAGAUUCCCCUCAUCGCAACCUGAGGUUAUUGAUGAUGAAGCUGACGGUGUCAGCAGGGCAUCUAUGAAAUCCGGGGGAUCCAGAUCCCUCACCGGCAGUGGGGCUCUGGAUGAGAAAGACGACCCCAAAUAUCUAGGAACCUGUGCGGACUAUACCACAAGCCUUGGCAUUCGUCCCAAAGCCUCGUGCAGUGCCGCAAUCAAAUGUCCCCCACAGUGCAAAGACAUGCAGAUCAAUUUCCCUGACGAACAGCCACAACCUCCAGCUCAAAUGUCCAACUUCAAUCCACAUCAGCGGCAGCACCACUUAGACGCACACAGCUACACCAGCUGUGCAAACCCAAGCUACCAAGAUUCCUCACACUACAACUACUCUAGCGCCAGGUACACUAAUUUGCUGUCUGGCACCGGCUACAGCAACUCGCUGUCCGGCGCCGGCUACACUACCCAUCCUCAGCAGGACUUCCCCACUCAUUCUCAGCAGGACUUCCCCGCCCAUUCUCAGCAGACUUCGGCCAUUCUCAACAGGACUUUGGCCAUUCUCAGCAGGACUUUGCAUAUGCUGGACCAUCAGCGCUUAACCUUAACUGAACUUUCCACCAUAGCGCCCAGUUGGGUCGGUGAUGACGAGGAAUUCCAAGCCCUUUCGGUCCCGCCACCAGAUCUCCAACACUUAUGGCCAAUGUCGAUGGGCGAGAUCUCCAAGUCCCAUGUGAUACAUACCACAGGGCCCGCAAGGACAUCCAAAACACGUCAUUGUGCAAGAUGCAUGCCCCCCACACUAUGUCUUGUUAUUCCCUCUGUGACACCCACAACGAUGGGGACAGCGGUGGCACCUGCACCUGCAGAAUCUGCUGAAAGUCCCACCACUGAGAUCAGUCCCAAGACACGCAAAGAAGCGAUCUCGGUCUCGAAAGAGCACAUCCUAUCCAUUAUCUUUUCCGAAGACGCAUUAGCAUCCCUCACAGCUGACAAAAAAUGCAUCGUCAAACAAGUCAUUUGUGAUGUGAGACCUGGAAUACCAGCACUUCUCAUUGCAACUCAAUGGAUGACUAAUGACAAAGACGUCGGAAAUAUUUGGUGCACAGUGACAAAAUUUUGCACUACGUUCACAAUGAUCAUCCACCAAGCUGUUGUGAUGGGAUAUUCCCUCUUCCCUCCACAGGGCUGUGAUGUCCCCCCAGAUACCUUUCGCGUUGAUCGGGACAGUGCGCUUGUCAUUCACAUGAAAUUCAAUAACCCAUUCAUCCUUCACAUCCUGACGAAACUUAUAUGGUGUUCGUCCUACCACCUACACACAUUUCUCGAUGCAUCACCAUGCCACCAACUUCGUUGUGCUAUUAGCAUAGCCGGCAGCAUUACAGAGCUUGUGUUGAUGGAGCAGGGCGUGUUACAAAUCGCACCGGGCAGGAUUACUCCCCAGAUGAUGUUUCCGACAUUCGAGAAGAUCAAUCUGAACUUUGGUCAACUCAGUGACACUGAGGAGGGCAGUUCUAGACGAGUUUACAGACAACAUUGUCGUUUACGGGCGCUCGCAACAGCACACAAACAUUGA